ACAUUUCCCGGGAUGCCCCCCGCCUGGCGGGGGCGGAGCCGCGGCGGCGGCGGCGGCAGGGAACGCGGGAAGUCCGGAUCCCCGCGCGCGGCUGAUGGAGGAUGAAUGUGGAGCGCGAGCUUCGUCAGCUGAGCAAGGCUAAGGCCAAGGCCCAGAGAAGCGGGCAGCUGCGGGACGAGGCCGCCCUCUCCCACCAGCUGGGGGAACUCCUGGCCAGCCAUGGCCGCUACGCAGAGGCCCUGCGAGAGCACCAGCAUGAGCUACAGCUCCUGGAGAGCAUCGAUGACCCUCUGGGCUGUGCCGUGGCCCACCGCAAGAUCGGAGAGCGACUGGCUGAGCUGGAGGAUUACUCAGCUGCCCUGAAGCACCAGCACCGCUACUUGGAGCUGGCCCGUUCCCUGUCUAAUCAUACUGAGCUGCAGAGGGCCUGGGCCACCAUUGGCCGCACUUACCUGGACAUCUAUGACCACUGUCAGUCACAGGACGCCUUGCUGCAGGCACAGACUGCCUUUGAGAAGAGCUUGGCUAUUGUGGACGAGAAGCUGCAGGGGACGCUGACCAAGCGAGAGCUGAGUGAGAUGAGGACCCGACUCUACCUCAACCUGGGCCUCACUUUCGAGAGCCUGCAGCAGAUGGCCCCGUGCAAUGACUAUUUCCGGAAGAGCAUCUUCCUUGCCGAGCAGAACCGCCUCUACGAGGACCUAUUCCGUGCCCGCUACAACCUGGGUGCCAUCCACUGGCGCCGAGGGCAGCACUCCCAAGCCAUGCGCUGCCUGGAGGGGGCCCGUGAGUGCGCACGUGCCCUGAGGAAGGAGCUCAUGGAGAGUGACUGCUGCGUGCUCAUCUCCCAGAUCUUCCAAGACCUGGGGGACUUUUUGGCUGCCAAAAGAGCCCUGAAGAAAGCCUACAGGCUGGGCUUUCAGAAGCCUUUGCAGAAGGCAGCGAUCUGCCGGACCCUUAAAUAUGUGCUGGCAGUGGUCCAGCUGCAGCAGCAGCUGCAAGAGUCGGAGGCCAGUGACCCCCAGCGUGCCAUGGGCAUCUGUGAGCAGCUGGGGGACCUGUUCUCUAAGGCAGGCGACUUCCCCAAGGCGGCCGAGGCCUACCAGAAGCAGCUGUAUUUUGCAGAACUGCUAAGCAGGCCGGGGCCCGAGCUGGCCGUCAUCCACGUGUCCCUGGCCGCCACCUUGGGAGACAUGAAGGACCACCGCCGGGCCGUGUCCCACUAUGAACAGGAGCUGAGGCUGCGUGGUGGCGACGCCCUGGAGGAGGCCAAGACCUGGUUAAACAUUGCGCUAUCCCGAGAGGAGGCCGGCGAUGCCUAUGAGCUGCUGGCACCAUGCUUCCAAAAGGCUCUCAGCUGUGCCCAGCAGGCCCAGCGGCCCCAGCUGCAGAGGCAGGUCUUACAGCACCUCCACAGCGUGCAGCUAAGGCUGCAGCCCCAGGAGGCCCCUGGCACUGAAGCCAGGCUGCAGGAGCUGAGUGUGCCCAGAGACCAGGAGGAGGACGAGGAUAAGGAGGAGGAGGGUGAUGGUGACACCCCCGAGGCCAGCGACGUGGAGCUCUCGGAGAGUGAGGGUGAUGCUGAGGGCUGGUCCCAGCAGCCGGAGGAGGACGAGGAGCUGCGGGCCUGCCUGGGCCGGCAGACGGUGAACAAGUGGAACCGGCGCAAUGAUGUUGGGGAGACUCUGCUACACCGAGCUUGCAUCGAGGGCCGCCUGGGUCGUGUCCAGGACCUUGUAAGGCAGGGCCACCCCCUGAACCCUCGGGACUACUGUGGCUGGACACCCCUGCAUGAGGCCUGCAAUUAUGGGCAUCUGGACAUUGUCCGCUUCCUGCUGGACCACGGGGCUGUGGUAGAUGACCCAGGCGGCCAGGGCUGUGAAGGCAUCACCCCUCUGCACGAUGCCCUCAACUGCGGCCACUUCGAGGUGGCUGAACUGCUCAUUGAACGGGGAGCGUCAGUCACACUCCGAACCACGAAGGGGCACAGCCCGCUGGAGACACUGCAGCAGUGGGUGAGGCUGUAUGGCAAGGAUCUGGACAGCGAAACCCGAGAGAAGGCUGGUGCCAUGGAGAGGCUGCUCCGGGCGGCCCCCUCAGGCCGAGCUCCCCACGGUUCCCAGGCUCCCCACGCUCUUCCACGUAACCAGCUGUUUGACCCUGAGGUCUCUCCUCCCUCGAGCCCCUGCCCAGGACCCCCAGAGACCUCUCAGGCUCGUGCCAGGGUCUCUCUGGGGCAGACAGUUCCAGCUGUGACCAGGCCUCGGAGGAGCAGGCACAAACUGGCCAGCAGUAGCAGCUCAGAGGGUGAGGACAACCCAGGCCCCCCCCGACCGAACCAGAAGAGGCCCCGGCAUUCUGUCCAGCCACAACAGGACAAAGCCCGGACGCCCGGAUCCACCAGCAACCGGGAGGCGGCGGCAGCGAGUGCUCCCUGGGUGGGCGUCCGAGGCGUGGGCAGUGCCCAGAGCUGCCACCUGGGGUCCGGCCCGCCUUGGGGUCCAGGCGAGGCCACCCUGCAACGGCCAGCGCUCAUCCCUGAAGAGGAGUGUCUGGCCUCAGACUGGCUGGAGGACGACUCACCACUGCUCCACAGCCGCCAGGAUGGCCAUCUGCCCCGCUCCCCAGGCAGUGGUGACAGUACCGGUCGUAGUGCCUCGGGGUCAGGCAACAAGAGCUCCAGCAGGCCCCGGGCCCGGGCCAGGCAGAGCCGGCUGCCCCGUCUCAGGAGUUGCGGUGCACUGGUCAGGGCAGGUGGAGACGGUAGCUCGGCUGCAGAGCCUCCAUGGAGCCCGGAUGUCUCCAGGGCCUCGGGGCCCAGUGGGGAGAAGAGCCCUGUGGCGGGCCAGCCCUCGCAGGGUCCGUCUUUGCCCCCUCCCAUCCGGGUGCGAGUGCGAGUUCAGGACAGUCUUUUCCUCAUCCCCGUCCCACACAGCAGGGAGGUCCACUCUGUGGCCUGGCUGGCUGAUCAGGCUGCCCAGCGCUACUGCCAGGCCUGUGGGCUGCUGCCGAGGCUCGUCUUGCGAAAGGAGGGAGCCUUGCUGGCCCCACAGGACCCCAUCCCUGAUGUGCUACAGAGCAACGAGGAGGUAUUGGCUGAGGUGACUUCGUGGGACCUCCCCCCGCUGGCUGACCGCUACCGCAGGGCCUGCCAGAGCCUGCAGCAAGAGGAGCACCAGGAGGUGCUCCAGGCCAUGGAGUGCCAGGGCUCGGGCCCCUCAUUCAGCGCCUGCUCCCUGGCCCUGCGCCAGACCCAGCUCACCCCACUGCUGCGGGCCCUGAAGCUGCACGCAGCUCUCCGGGAGCUGCACCUGGCAGGGAACCGGCUGGGGGAUGGAUGUGCUGCUGAGCUGCUGGCCGCCCUGGGCACCAUGCCUGGCCUGAUUCUCCUUGAUCUCUCUUCCAAUCACCUGGGCCCUGAAGGCCUACGCCAGCUUGCCACAGGCCUCCUGGGGCAGACCACCUUGCAGAACUUGGAGGAGCUGGACUUAAGCAUGAACCCUCUCGGGGAUGGCAGUGGUCAGGCCCUGGCAUUCAUCCUGCAGGCCUGCCCCUCACUCAGUACCUUGCAUCUCCAGGCCUGUGGCUUUGGCCCCAGCUUCUUCCUGAGCCACCAGGCAGCCCUAGGUAGUGCCUUCCAAGAUGCCAAGCACCUGAAGACACUGUCUCUGUCCUACAACAUCCUGGGCACCAGUGCCUUGGCCCAGGCCCUGCGGAGCCUGCCCGCUCACACCCUCCAGCGCCUGGAGCUUAGCUCUGUGGCAGCUAGCAAGAGUGACUCAGACCUCGUGGAGCCUGUGGUCAGAUUCCUGACUAAGGAAGGCUGUGCUCUGACUCACUUGAGCCUGUCUGCAAACCACCUGGGCGACAAGGCGGUGAGAGAACUGAGCAGAUGCCUUCCUCUUUGCCCCUCACUCAUUUCACUGGACCUGUCUGCCAACCCUGAGAUUGGCCGUGUUGGCCUGGAGGAGCUCCUGUCUGCCCUCCAGGUGCGGCCCCAAGGCCUCAGUUUCCUUGGCCUGUCAGGCUGUGCUGUCCAGGGCCCCCUGGGCCUGGGCCUCUGGGACAGGAUCACUACGCAGCUCCAGGAGCUGCAGCUGUGCAGCAGACGCCUCUCCACCGAGGACCGUGACGCCCUGCGCCAGCUGCUGCCCGGCCAGCCUGGAAGUGCGUGCACACUGGACCGAGGGCCCCAGCUCUUCUACCGGCGCCUCUGACAGGCGGCACUGCCCUUGCCCUGCAACCCACCCUCGCCUCAAAUAAACGAUCGCCGCUGCUGCCUCCA